GUCCGGGGCGCGCCUUAAAAGCGCGCACCACACCAACAUGGCGUGCAUUGCGAACCGUGCUUUCGUCCCCGAGCCCUGCAGCGAACCGCUCUCAGCACAGCGCCGGAAAGAUGAAGUCGAUGAUCACGUUGGUCUCCCUCGCCGUUAUGGCGGCCGUAGCGUCGGCUGGCUUCCUCGGUGGUGGUUACGGAGGUUACGGCGGCUACGGAGGGUACGGAGGCGGCUACGGUGGACACGGAGGCGGCUACGGAGGCGGCUAUGGAGGAUACGGUGGAGGCUACGGUGGAUACGGUGGAGGCUACGGUGGAUACGGCGGUGGCUACGGCGGCUACCCUGCUGGCCGAGCGUUCUCUUACUCCACCCACAUUCAGCACCCGUCAUCGUAUGGCGGCUACGGUGGAUACGGAGGACACGGUGGAUACGGAGGAUACGGUGGCUACGGAGGAUACGGUGGAUACGGCGGCUACGGACGGGGUCUUGGUUACGGCUAUGGACAUGGCCACGGUCAUGGCCACGGAUACCACGGCUGAAAGAACCAACGGAAUGCGCUGCGCAUAGGAUCGAUUGUCUUGCCGCUCACUCGUCGCAGCUCUGCGUUGCCGUUUCCUUGAGUGAUCUGUAAUUUGCGGAGUCACGCUUCUCUGGGCAAUACAUCCUUCCUCGCGCAGGAAAUACAGAAAAGAACAAAAUGUGAUUUGUGUAUAUACAUGAAAAAUAAAAAAAGU